AUCACAUAAAUUUGUGUUGUGGUUUUUAUUUAUAUAAUUGUUUUAAAACGAGUGGAUUUCGGUUAAUAAAUAAACAUGCUACGGCGAUUAACGUCUACAUUGAUACAGACCCGUACUUUAAAACACAAGGCUAAAAUAAACUGGGUCCGACCUGACUAUGUCCCAGCGUACCAUCCUCAACGUUCUGGGGAUUUGGAGAGCCUUCCACCUAUUUCAGAAGACUCCUUAGGGUUGGAUUACUCAUUGAGCAAGGAAAUCGAGGAUGCGCCUGAAUCAGUGAAGAAAAUCUUUUCGGUGGCGCAUCUAGGCCGGAAAGAAUACAAUGUAUUGGUAAAGAAUGAGCUGGUAGAGAGGGUUAGGCGACACCAGUAUGAUGAACGUACCGCUGAGACUAGAAUUGCCAAACUUACAGCUACAAUCCGUAGCUUUCAAGAUACAAUGGAAAAGUAUCCCAGGAAUAUCAAGUCUAAAGUGAUAGUGCAAGAGUUGAUAGACAAAAGGAAGAAGCUGCUAAAGUUCUUACGGCAGUAUGACUACAAGAAGUUUGAAUGGCUUCUUGAGAAGCUCAAUAUUGAAUACAAGGCUCAUCCAGAAUCCUACCACAAGUUGACACGCAAAGAGUCACUUCGCAAGCUGACUGAGUUGCACUGUGAAGACAUCUGCAACAGGAAGCUAGCUAACUACCAGAACCUAUUAGAGAGCCAACAAGGACCAUUUUUGAAGGACAAACUUGAGGCUUUGAAGUUUAUUCGAAGCGAGCAAAUGGAACUGCAGGUACCGGUCACGGUGACCGAGCAAGAUAUCAAGAAAGUUGAAAAACAACUUGAGGAAUGGACCAUCAAGGAUGAAAUCAAACAGCAGGGCAAAAAGAAAAAGAAGAAUAUAGCUAUUGGUCUUGAGUAAGAUAUUUGUAAGAUGUAGUGUAAAAUAAUAUUAUACAUAGAUUAUUUCAUUUGAA